CGCUUCCGCUCCCUUUUCGUCGAGGCUCCCGACCGGCUGCCUGCAAACAUGCAGAUCUUUGUGAAGACGUUGACGGGGAAGACCAUCACCCUUGAGGUUGAGGCCAGCGACACUAUCGAAAAUGUCAAGGCAAAAAUCCAAGAUAAGGAAGGAAUUCCCCCUGAUCAGCAGCGUCUGAUCUUUGCUGGAAAGCAGCUGGAGGAUGGACGUACACUGUCAGACUAUAACAUCCAGAAGGAAUCAACCCUCCAUCUGGUCCUCCGUCUGCGUGGUGGUAUCAUUGAGCCCUCACUCAGACAGCUGGCCCAAAAGUACAACUGUGACAAAAUGAUCUGCCGCAAAUGUUACGCCCGUCUGCAUCCCCGUGCUGUCAACUGCCGUAAGAAGAAGUGUGGACACACCAACAACCUUCGCCCCAAGAAGAAGCUGAAGUAAACAUCAGUUGAAUUGGCAAUCUGCCAUUUUGUGCUAAAAUAAAUAUACGAAAAUUA